AUGCGUACCUCCGUUUUAUCAGCCAGCUUGGCUGUUGUAGCUAGCGUUGCCGCUCUCCCCCAAGAACUCCCUGGCAUCAAAAUCGUUCUCCCGCUCCCGCUGAACAUCUUCGCCGAAACCCCUAAACUCGUCACACCCGUACCCUUCGACGUUGCCGUAGAGAAGUUCAAGGCUUGGAACGCUUCCGUCACCAUCGGCGAUGCUCAGAAACGCGACAAUGGCGAGUCGCUUCUCUCCACUCGUGCCACGUGCGGCAACAUUCGUGUCCGCAAGGAAUGGGACUCGUGCAGCGACAACGAAAGGCAGGCAUUCAUCAACGGCAUCAAGUGCCUGAUGAGCCGCGGCCCCUCCGGCCAAUUCUCACAGUCUAAGAGCCGAUACGAGGAUCUGGUCGCGCUACACCAGACGCUCACGCCCAAUGUUCACGGAAACGACAAGUUCCUUCUGUGGCACAGAUACUACACCUGGACCUUUGAGGAUAUGAUGCGCACCGAGUGCGGCUUCAAUGGCGCCCUACCGUGGUUCGACGAGACCAGGUAUGCCGGAAGGUUCGAUCAGUCCUCCAUCUUCUCGGAGCGUUGGUUCGGAUCCAUCAAUGUUGGCGGCAACUGUGUAACGAACGGCCAAUUUGCCAACCUCGCCAUCAACGUCGGUCCCGGCUCAGGCAAUCAGCUGCAUUGUCUCGCCCGUAACAACGACGGCUCCAAGACUGCCAACUGCAACCAGGCCUACGUCGACCAGUGCAACGCUUUCGGUGACUACCACGGCAUGGCUGAAUGUGCUGAGGGAGGCCCCCACGCUUGGGGACAUAACGGCAUUGGUGCUGUCAUGCAGGAUACCUUUGGUUCGCCCGCCGACCCCACCUUUUGGCUGCACCACACCUUUGUUGACCGCAACUUCCGCAUCUGGCAAAACCGUGACGGUGGUCGCGUCAACUCCAUCAGUGGCACAGAUAAGGCAGGCAACAGGCUCACGCUCGAUACCACUAUCAACGUCUACGAUAUGAGGCGCACUGUCCGCAUUAGGGAUGUUUUGGAUACCACUGCGGAGACGCUGUGCUACAAGUACAACUACUAG